AUGAAACAUGAUAGUUUGGUGAAUGGAAAAAAGCUACUUAAAAAAAACUUUGUGCAGAGUAAUAAAAGUCAAAUUUAUGUAAAACGAGCUGAAAAAUCUUCUGACGACUUUUUAUUUCGUGUUUAUGAUAAUCAUGAGAACCUCGUCGUCUUCACCAAGAAACUUGAAAAAGAAAACAAAUUUGAAUAA